AUGCCCCUCAUUGGGCUGGGAUGCUGGCAGUCCCCCCCGGACCAGGUGACGCAGGCGGUGGAGGCGGCGCUGGACGCCGGCUACCGCCACAUCGACACCGCCUACAACUACCUCAACGAGGAGGCCGUCGGCGCCGGCAUCCGCAACUGGCUCGAGAAGACAGGCAAGAGCAGGGGCGAGGUCUUCGUCGUGACCAAGCUGCCCAUGAUCGGCAUGAACGAAGGAGGCGUGGAGAAGUUCCUGAAGAAGUCCCUGAAGAAGUUGCAGCUGGGCUACGUGGACCUCUACCUCCUCCACGGGCCCGUCGGCGUGAUUGGCAAAGACGACAACGAUGUCUUCCCGGUGGUCGAUGGGAAGCUGAACGUGGAUUUCGGAACAGACCUUAUCGCCGUCUGGAAGGAAAUGGAGAAGAUGAAGACGCUCGGCCUGGCCAAGUCCAUCGGCGUCUCCAACUUCUCCAUCAAGCAGCUGAGGAAGAUCUGCGCCGUUGCGAAGAUUCCUCCGUCCGUGCAGCAGGUUGAGUUACACGCGCACUUCCAGCAGCACGACAUGCAGGAGUUCUGCAAGAGCCACAACAUCGCCAUCACCGCCUACGCCCCCCUCGGCUCCCCCGGCCGGCAGAACAUUCCUAUGCUGAGCGGCGGCAAUAUACCGACGCUGCUGGAGGACCCCGUGGUGCGGCUGGUGGCCGAGAGGCACGGCGUGACGACGGCGCAGGUCCUCCUCCGCUUCCUGGUCCAGCAGGGCCUCAUCGCCAUCCCCAAGUCCGUCACGCCCUCGCGCAUCGCCGCCAACAUCGACGUGUGGAAGUUCACGCUGACGGACACCGAGAUAGCCUCCCUCAGGAGCCUCGACAAAGGGCCCUCCGGUCGCUCCUUCGUCUUCGCCAACCGCCCUGGCAGUGUAAAUAUUAGACGGAAAGCAGCACAACAUAUAGUUCAGGUGAAGAUUGUAGGGAGCGUAACGAUAAAGCAACCGCGGGACGUCAAAUCUCACAAUGCUAUUGCAGAAGACGAGUUUGUAUUCUAUAGAAUUUCAAGUGCGAAGAAACGUAAAUUUUCCGAUGUUGUAAUUACACUGUCAGAUAUGGACAAGGCAAUCACUCUGAGCUGUGGAAUUUGCAUGCCUCUCGUUGGGCUUGGCUGCUGGGAGUCCCCCCCGGACCAGGUGACGCAGGCGGUGGAGGCGGCGCUGGACGCCGGCUACCGCCACAUCGACACCGCCUACAACUACCUCAACGAGGAGGCCGUCGGCGCCGGCAUCCGCAACUGGCUCGAGAAGACAGGCAAGAGCAGGGGCGAGGUCUUCGUCGUGACCAAGCUGCCCAUGAUCGGCAUGAACGAAGGAGGCGUGGAGAAGUUCCUGAAGAAGUCUUUACAGAAGUUGCAGCUGGGCUACGUGGACCUCUACCUCAUCCAUCUCCCCAUCGGCAUGAAAACCUCGGCCGAGAGACCGAGCAGCCUCACUCUGACUCGCUGUGUUGACAUACGCACUGCUGAGUCACCUGCGGCGUCGGGUGAGCCUUUUACGUUUACUACUUCGCAUGCUGAGUUGGCUUUAAGCACAACAAUGGAAAAGACAGUCAAGCUGAGCUGCGGAGGUCGCAUGCCUCUUAUCGGGCUGGGAUGCUGGCAGUCCCCCCCGGACCAGGUGACGCAGGCGGUGGAGGCGGCGCUGGACGCCGGCUACCGCCACAUCGACACCGCCUACAACUACCUCAACGAGGAGGCCGUCGGCGCCGGCAUCCGCAACUGGCUCGAGAAGACAGGCAAGAGCAGGGGCGAGGUCUUCGUCGUGACCAAGCUGCCCAUGAUCGGUAUGUACGAAGGAGGCGUGGAGAAGUUCCUGAAGAAGUCUUUACAGAAGUUGCAGCUGAGCUACGUGGACCUCUACCUCGUCCAUGCACCCAUCGGCAUGAAGGGUAAACAUGACAACGAUGUUUUUCCGAUGGUCGAUGGGAAGCUGAACUUAGAUUAUGCAACUGACCUCAUUGCUGUGUGGAAGGAAAUGGAGAAGAUGAAGACGCUCGGCCUGGCCAAGUCCAUCGGCGUCUCCAACUUCUCCAUCAAGCAGCUGAGGAAGAUCUGCGCCGUUGCGAAGAUUCCUCCGUCCGUGCAGCAGGUUGAGUUGCACGCGCACUUCCAGCAGCACGACAUGCAGGAGUUCUGCAAGAGCCACAACAUCGCCAUCACCGCCUACGCCCCCCUCGGCUCCCCCGGCCGGAAGCAGAUGGCUCAGCUGAGGUUCAGCCACGAGGUGCCGGAGUUGCUGGAGGACCCCGUGGUGCGGCUGGUGGCGGAGAGGCAGGGCGUGACGGCGGCGCAGGUCCUCCUCCGCUUCCUGGUCCAGCAGGGCCUCAUCGCCAUCCCCAAGUCCGUCACGCCCUCGCGCAUCGCCGCCAACAUCGACGUCUGGAACUUCGCUCUGACCGAUACCGAGAUGGCAGCACUGAGGAGCCUCGACAAAGGGCCCUCCGGUCGCUCCUUCACGACAAAGAUGUCAGACCACCCUGAAUGCGAUAUGGAAUAACCUGCUCAAGAUAUUCUUCGUGUAAAUUCAUCAGAUGUCGACAGGAGUGUAAAUGACAAGCAAUACUUUACGUAAUGUACUCUUUCGCGCAAUAAUAUUUUGGAUGUGUAAAUAAUCAUUCGUGUAGAAGUGUAGUUCUUAAAAACUGUGUGUAAAUAAAGAUUAACAGAAUGACGUGUUACAUUCUUGGUGACUCAUCCUU